UGGAGAACUGUCGGAACCGACAGAGGUCUACAUUAUCGACACAGAGACUUGAAAUAGAAUCAAUAUGGCGCUGCCCAGUGUCAAGUAGUGCAGACUGUAAAUAUUUUACCGAAUACUCCAAGAGAAAGAGACGUUUUAAAAGUAUCAAAGUAUUCAAAAAUGGACGAUUACGUACUUUAAAUGGGAUAUUUUAAUAUGAAGAAGAUUUCCAGUGAAAUAACCACGUGAAUGAUGAUUUCAGCAACAAAGAAAACGUUCCAAUUAUUUAGCUCUCAAACAAUUCGUUCUUCACUCUCAUCUAAAGAAUGUCAACAGACAAUAAAGAAUUUAUCCAUCAUAAAAUUAACAAAUCACAGUAUUUUUCGAUUUUACAGCAAGAAAGACGAUGGCAGUAGAAAGGAUUAUUUCAACACAUCUCUCACUCUUCACACAUUCGACGAUGAGGAGAGUAAAAGUAAAGAAACUUAUUUGGAAGUUUUACGAAAAUACACGAGUCAACCGGGUCGUAAUAUAGAACGAGUUCAAUUUAUGUACGCAGCAUUAAAAUACAUGGACGAAUUUGGAGUGGAUAAAGAUUUAGAAAGUUAUAAAAAAUUAUUGGACGUCUUUCCAAAGGGAAAAAUGCUUCCCACUAAUAAUAUACAAGCAGAAUUUGUGCAUUAUCCAAAAGAGCAAAAGUGUGCUGUUUAUAUUUUAGAUAAAAUGGAAGAUAGAGGUGUGAUUCCAGACUCGGAAAUGGAAAAAAUGUUAUUGAAUACCUUUGGCAAGGAAUCAUUACCAAUACACAAAUAUUGGCGAAUGAUGUAUUGGUUGCCAAAAUUUAAGAAUAUCAGUCCUUGGCCAAUGCCACGACCAUUACCAAAUGAUCCCUUAGAACUUGCAAAAUUGGCAAUUUGGAAAAUAUCCAGUGUCGAUCCACAAGCGGAAAUCACUGUAUUUAAAACUGAAACAGUUGAAGAUUCUAUUGAUAAAACAUGGAUUGUCUCUGCAAUUACGCCAACGCAGAGAAAAUUACUCGAAAAUCAUCAUCCACGAACGAAGGCCGUUUAUGUCGAGGGACCAUUUCCGGUUUAUGUCAGAAAUAUCCCAGUUGAUUAUUUUGUUCUAUGGACAAAAAUUCCAAAAAGCGAUAUUUACAAACCACCUAAAAUCGACGUAGAUGAUGUAACAAAUUUAAAAGCUUCAUAUUGGGAUUCAAAGAAGACAACAAUAAUAAAUUAUCCGAGUGUUCAUGAGCAAAUGCAUGAAACAAUUUUCUCCGUUUGUGCCACGGGAACAUCGUCAAAGGAUUCAGUUCUCUCAUGGAUUCGUUGUUUACAAAAGGAUAAUCCAGUUCUAAGUGAAUUACACAUUGUUUUCACUUUGAAACAAUCGACGAAAGAAGGUAUCAAAUAUUUGGAAGCUGAUGACAUCAUUUCGAAGAUUAGUGAAGACGAACAAAAAGAAAUCGACGAAAGAUAGCAUGGUUUGCAUUUUUAUACAAUAUUGUUAAAUAUUUGUAAAUAAAUCUAUUGAUUCAAGUUA